GCCUAGCACUCAUUUUCAAAAGGGAUUUAGGUGCUUGGGACAGCUGUAAGUUAUGAUCAGGGUAUCGUAAGAGCCCUGUAGCAGAUGCUGCUGAGAGGAUGCAUUCAAGUAGACCAUGCUGCAUAUCUUUGGCAUCCAGCCUAACUAAAUCAUUGCAUGGUUGGCAUGGAAGAGUAAACAAAUACAGCACCACGCUACUGACGUAACUACCACAAAGCUAUUUACAUCACUUCCCAGGAAGCACUCGCUUUUGAGCAGCACCUCCUGUGGGACAGUGUAGGAACUGGAGCUUAGCAGCGCAAUUGCACAUCGUGGGCAAUAGCCAGGCAGAGUGAGGUUAGCAAACACAGGUGCAAGCCCAGACUGUGGGUGCACCUUGCUUUGCGGAAUAACCUAUCUAAUAAAGCACAGGAACCUCCGGUGCUGCCGAAGUGGAGAAUAGUGCCAAUAGGUUUUGUUGCAUCUCUGAUGCCCAUCAGGGCUCUUGACACUGUGUUGGGGACGUUCCCCACCUAGAUGCCAAGAUUUUGGGACAACUGAAGAAGAGACCGGCUUCCAGAAAAUCCAGUCCAGUGCAUGCUGGGGCAGGACUUUGGAAUUUUUACCUGGUGCUGGCAGAGGCUCCAGCUAGCCACCUAAGCGCAAGCCCAUUCUACCCCCGGGGUCUAAGAUCGUGUGGCUAACGCUAGCCUCCACCGGUACCAAGACAUCCACACGGCUAUUUUCUAGGGUGCUCCCAGCUGCCGUGUAAACAUACCCCUUUAGGUGCCAUUGACUUCCCAGGGCUUCAGCACAUGUUUAAAUGUUUUUCUGAACCAGGAUCUUAGAUGGAUUUAACUCCCAACCUCAGUGAGAGUUAUGCCUACCUGACACAACCGGCCUGCCCCCCCCCCCCAGGAAUGGAUGGAAAAGGGGGGGUGCCCCCUGCCCAGGCUGGAAGGUCACCACUUAGUAUCAAUAAUCAAUCAAAGGGCAAGGGCAAGGAAUGUGUAUAGCCCACUCCUCUAAGGGUGUCACCGAUUAACUGGUGCUGGGACCGAGCCUGGCAGGGAGGGAGUCACCGAGCAACCGGGACCGAGCACUGGGGGGGUGUCACCGAUUAGCCAGGACCGAGCCUGGGGUGGUGUCACCGAUUAGCUAGGAUCGAGCCCGGAGGGGGGGGUGUCACCAAUUAGCCGGGACCGAGACCUGGGGGGUGUCACCGAUUAGCCGGGACCGAGCCCGGGGGGGGUGUCACCGAUUAGCCGGGACCGAGCCCGGGGGGGGUGUCACCGAUUAGCCGGGGGGUGUGACCGAUUAGCCGGGACCGAGCCCGGGUGUGUGUGUCACCGAUUAGCUGGGGGGGGUGUCACCGAUUAGCCGGGACCGAGCCCGGGGGGGUGUCACCGAUUAGCCGGGAGGGUGUGUCUUACCGAUUAGCCGGGACUGAGACCGGGGGGGUGUCACCGAUUAGCCGGGAUCGAGCCUGGGCGGGGGGGGUGUCACUGAUUAGCUGGGACUGAGACCGGGGGGGGUGUCACCGAUUAGCCGGGACUAAUCCUACAUGAUACUAGUGACCAACAUCUACCUGAUCUUUGAGGUUGGCCACUUGGAACGAGCAAUGACGGACAUGGCACAAAUCAAGCCCUUCAACUUAACCGAAGUGGGGAAGAUGCUACCGUAUUGCUACUAUACAGCCAUCACGCUGGCUGUCAUGACCUACCCGGUGUGUGUCUUCCUCAUCUACUCAGUCCCGAAGCGGCUCUACAUGGGCAUGUUCGCCUAUGUCGCAUGGAUCAUCUUCUAUGACCUGGCUAACUGCCUCAUCGUGGCCCUGGCUUACCAGGUCUCCAAAGAAGCCUUGUUUUCCCUCAGCCCCCUGGAGUGGUUUGGGCUGGCCACCAGGAGCCCCAUGGAUUGUUUCUGGCUCUCCUUCGUUGUCACGUAUGCCCUGAUGGUUAUUGAAAGCAAAGGGCAAGGAAGGCUGUCGCUCAGGAUGAGGCGGAGGUGGUGUCACCGAUUAGCCGGGGGGGUGUCACCGAUUAGCUGGGAAUGAGACCGGGGGUGUGUCACCGAUUAGCCAGGAGGGGUGUCACCGAUUAGCCGGGACCGAGCCCGGGGGGUGUCACCGAUUAGCCGGGAGGGUGUGUGUUACCGAUUAGCCGGGACUGAGACCGGGGGGUGUCACCGAUUAGCCGGGACUGAGACCAGGGGUGUGUCACCGAUUAGCCGGGUAGGUGACACCGAUUAACCGGGAUCGAGCCUGGGGGGGGGUGUCACCGAUUAGCCGGGGGGGGUGUCACCGAUUAGCCGGGACCGAGCACCGGGGGGUGUCACCGAUUAGCCGAGGGGGGGUGUCACCGAUUAGCCGAGGGGGGGGUGUCACCGAUUAGCAGGGACCGAGCCUGGCAUGGGGGGGGUGUCACC